CUCCCUUGGCUGUCGAGUAUAAAAGAUCGAAGGGAAGGCCUUCCAGCACACUCUCGUCCAGCAGUGGCCAAAGACAACAUCAGCAAGCAACAAUGAAGUUUCUGGUGUUUGCACUCCUAGUGGCUUUAGCUUGCGCUUCCGAGAUAGAGAAGCGAGAGGCGGAGCCAGGUUAUGGAGGAUAUGGCCACGUGAGCCACCAUCAUCGUCCUUCCUAUGGAUAUGGCUAUUCUAAUCACUAUCAUAAGCGAUCUGCUGAUCCUGAGCCUGAGGCUGAACCUUCCUAUGGCUAUGGCUCUUCUUAUGGGUAUCGGCCAGUAACUUAUGGCUACUCUCACCGCUAUCACAAGCGGUCUGCUGAUCCUGAGCCAGAAGCUGAACCAACCUAUGGCUAUGGCUCUUCCUAUGGGUAUCGCCCAGUCACCUAUGGCUACUCUCACCGCUAUCACAAGAGGUCUGCUGAUCCAGAGCCAGAAGCUGAACCUUCAUAUGGCUAUGGCUCUUCUUAUGGGUAUCGCCCAGUCACCUAUGGCUACUCUCACCGCUAUCACAAGAGGUCUGCUGAUCCUGAGGCAGAAGCUGAACCUUCAUAUGGCUCUUCUUAUGGGUAUCGGCCAGUCACCUAUGGCUACUCUCACCGCUAUCACAAGAGGUCUGCUGAUCCUGAGCCAGAAGCUGAACCUUCAUAUGGCUCUUCUUAUGGGUAUCGGCCAGUCACCUAUGGAUACUCUCACCGCUAUCACAGAAGGGUCUGCUGA